AUGCCCAAUCCCACAUCGCAGCCAAUGAGCGAGAAGGAGACACAAAUCCGGCGGCGGCUGCUCGCGUGUAGCUCGUGCCAGCAGCGCAAGGUUAAGUGCGACCGCAAGUCCCCCUGCGCAGCCUGCGUCAAGUCGGGAACGCACUGCGUGGCUCCGUCCGGGCCCCGGCGGCGGCGCCCUCGAUUCCCGGAGCGAGAACUGUUGAAUAGGCUGCGUCAAUUUGAGGAGCUGCUUCGGCGGCACAAGAUUGAUUUUACGGCUUUACAUCCAUCUGUCACUUUGCCUAGCGUGACUGCAGGGCUCGUUUCAUCGACUGAUGAUGGGAAUGAUGAGCCGGGCCAACCCAGUCCGCCUGAGGUAGACGACGACGGUAACGAUCAUCUCCUCUUUGGGCCAUGUCCGCCAGCUGGUGAUUUACCUGCUUUGCACUCGGAGCAGAGUCAAGUCUUCAGGAUGUGGCAAAUUUAUCUCGAGAACGUCAGUCCGCUGCUCCGAGUCACGCACUCACCGACACUACAAGCUCGCAUUAUCGAUGCGGCGAGCCAGGGUGAAAGAAUCAAUCCUGCUUUCGAAGCUCUGGUCUUAAGCAUCUGCUGCAUGUCCAUCAUGAGUCUCUCGGAUGACAAGUGCCGUUCUCUCUUUGGCUCGUCGAGGAGAGAACUCUUGGAAAGCUAUCAGCCAGCCUGUCGACAAGCAUUGAGGAGGUGCAGAUUUUGGCGCUGCGAGAACCUCGACGCCCUGGUUGCGUCUUACCUCUAUUUGGUAUCUGUUCGACCGCAAAGCGAUCCUCGUUCUAUAGCACCGGCUAUAUCUACUGUCCUUCGCACGGCGCAACGCAUGGGCUUGCAUGACGAGUCCAUCAAUUCUGGAUACGAUGCCCUUGAGGCAGAGAUGCGCCGAAGAUUGUGGUGGUCCCUAGUCGUCUUUGACCAGCGCAUCUGCGAAAUGACCGAAUACGGAACGACCACGCUGAUUCCUACUUGGGACUGCAAGAGACCCGCGAACGCCAGCGACUUUGAGAUGCAGUCAGGCUCGAUAGUCUCAUCAGCCGUUCAUGGGAGACCCACCGAGGCCCUUUUCGUUGUCGUUCUCAGUGAAAUGGCGGAUAGUAUUCGUCAUUCCUCCUUUCAUCUAGAUUUCGUCAACCCAGCAUUGAAGGCUUUGGCCCAUCCGAAAAGCGAGAAAAAUAAUCUUCAUAGGAUGCAAGGACACAGUACUUUCAUGUCACUGGAGAAGGACAUCGAGGGACGUUACUUGGCACGUUGCGACCUCAACCAGCCGCUGCAUUUCAUGACAGUCUGGACAGCACGUGGCUACAUGGCCAGGCACCGCCUGCUGGAACACUACUCAAGACACGCGAUCAACCCUUCUCAGCAGACAGAGACCCAGCGUCUGACAGCCCUCGCUCAUGCAGUGAAGAUGCUCGAGUGCGAUACGAAGCUCAGAACCUCCCGCCUGACACAGGGCUUCCUCUGGCUGGUUGAUUUCUGCGUCCCCAUCCUGGCGUAUUUUUACAUCCUGCACCACCUUAGGAGGCGACCUGCAGAGACGCAGUCCGACGAAGCCUGGCGCGUGAUGAGCGAGAACUGGGAGGCCCGGGCGGCUUUGCGUGCCAUCAUGCCCAGGUCAGAGGCCAAGGGAGCGUUUUCUAUCUUCUCGCGGCUCGUCCUCGAAGCCUGGGGCGCUUAUGAGAACACACAUAGGGAGAAGAAGGAGAUGAUGACGCCUCCGCUGCUCGUGUCGGAUAUUCGAGACAGGUUGCAGCAGAAGAAUCAGAUGAUGGGCCAGGGACAAAUGGAUAAUGGGCGCCAUGUUAACAGCGCCGGUGUUGUGGAUGUCAACAUCAUGAACAUUGACACCAACAACAGCAACAAGUCAUCACUUUUGGCCGCACAAGAAGACUUCGCGUUAAUAAGUGGCAGCUCUGGUGGUGGUGGUGAUGGUGGUCAGGAUCCUUCGGAGUCGUAUCGCGGAGAGAGCUCUGAUCUGGCAGGGAACGUCCUGAUCGACAUUGACAUGGACGAUUUCUGGACGACGAUGGACUGGAGCCUGAUGCAUGCACAAGGCUGGUGA